AUGCCGCCCUCCUCCGUCCUCAUCAUUGGCGCGUCCCGCGGCUUGGGCUUAGCCUUGACAAAGCACUACACCUCCUCCCUCUCCCCUUCUUCUUCUCCCCCAGACGUCUACGCUACCAUCCGCGGCGAUCCCACGUCUACCAAGGGACUACCAGAAGGCGUGCAUGUCAUAGGCGGGAUCGAUCUCAGCCAAGAGACCGUCAGCGAGGACCUUGUCCGGGGGCUUGAGGGAAAGAAGGUGGAUGUGGUGUAUAUCGUAGCGGGCCUGUUGAAGACUGAGACAUUUGGCGAGGCGAGCUGGGGGGAUCAAGUGGACAUGUACAAGAUCUGUGCGAUUGCGCCGGUGAUGAUUGUUCAAGCGCUAGCCACGCACGACCUCCUCGCACCCCGCGCCAAGAUCCUCCUCCUCACCUCCGAAGCGGGCUCCCUCUCUCUCCGGACGCCCAAAGAAGGAGGUGGGAACUAUGGGCACCAUGGGAGUAAAGCCGCGGGGAAUAUGGCGGGCCGGCUUUUGAGUUAUGAUUUGAAGGAGAAGGGGGUGGGGGUGGUUAUGAUUCAUCCUGGGUUCCUCAAGACUGAGAUGACCAAGGCCGCGGGGUUCGAGCAGCACUAUGAGGAAAUGGGGGCUGUAACGCCCGAAGAAGCCGCAAAAUACCUCGCCGAGUUUGCAGAGACCGUCACGAUGGAGAUGUCUGGGAAGCUGUGGGCACCUAUGGGCGGGCGCGGGAUAGGAAACGCCAAGGCCCUGAUGGGCCCACAGGCCGCCGAGCAGACGACCCCGCUCGAGCUGCCUUGGUGA